UGCGCGGGGGUUGCGCGGGCGCUGCGCGGGGGCUGCGCGGGGCCAUGCCGCGCUCCUUCCUCGUGGACUCGCUGGUGCUGCGGGAGGCGGGCGAGAAGAAGGGCGAGAGCAGCCCCCCGCCGCCGCUCUUCCCCUACGCCGUGCACCCCUCGCACCCGCUGCCCGGACUGCCGGCCGGCUCCUGCCACGCGCGCAAAGCCGGCUUGCUGUGCGUGUGCCCGCUGUGCGUCACCGCCUCGCAGCUGCACCCUCCGCCGCCCGCUAUCCCCCUGCUCAAGGCCUCCUUCCCCCCUUUCGGCUCCCAGUACUGCCACCCGCCCCUCGGCCGCCAGCAGCACUCCGUGUCCGCCGUCAGCGUGGGGCACGGCCCGGCGCUCUACCAGGGCGCCUACCCGCUGCCCGACCCCCGGCAGUUCCACUGCAUCUCCGUGGACAGUACGUCGAGCCAACUGCCCAGCAGCAAGAGGAUGCGCACCGCCUUCACCAGCACGCAGCUCCUGGAGCUGGAGAGGGAGUUCGCCUCCAACAUGUACCUCUCCCGGCUGCGGCGAAUCGAGAUCGCCACCUACCUGAACCUCUCCGAGAAGCAGGUGAAGAUCUGGUUCCAGAACCGCCGGGUCAAGCACAAGAAAGAAGGCAAAAGCGGCUCCCACCGGGGAGGGGGCCCCGGGCACAGCUGCAAAUGCUCGGCCCUUUCCACCACCAAGUGCUCGGAGGACGACGAGGACUUGCGCAUGUCUCCGUCCUCCUCGGGGAAGGACGACAGAGGCCUCGCCGCCACCCCCUGACCCCCGACUCCGCAGAGACUGUGCCGGGAGCAGAGGGGGGUCCGUGCAGCCGGAUGAUUUUGUACCGUUUUGUAUAAUCCGUGUCAUUUACGAAAGACUUCCUCGCCUUUCCACACCCCCGGCCCAUAGCGGCGGCCGUGUGGGCACCCCGAUGCCAAUAAGGCGCCCCCCGGGACCCCUGGAGUCCCACCUCGCGCUGUCCCACCUGAGGCCGUGGUUCCCCGCAGCCUCCGCGGGCAGAGCCGGACCGGAGAGCAGAGAGCCCAGAGCGGGGCGAGAGAGGGCGGCCGGGGAGGGUCGGGGCUGUUUGGGUUCUUGUCAUAAUAUCGGCUUAUUAUUAUUAUUAUUUUCUACCAAACUGUUCUCUCUCUUUUUUGUUUGUUUUGUUUUGACACUGUCGUUGGUGGGCGCGCAGCUGUGGCUGUACGGUCCCGUCCCCGUCCCAAUCAAUCACCAUCCCUCCCCGGGAGAUAUUUAUUUAUUUAUUUAUGUACGGAGAAAUGAUGAUGGCGAUGUUAAUAAUGACGAUGAUGGCAAUAAAGGCUCCGCUGGUGGUUCAUUUCCUUA